CACAGUGCAUUUUUUUCCAUGGCAAUGGUGGUAUUAAUGUGUUACGCUAUUUUUCAUUUUAUAUUUAAUUUAGAUAAUCUCAACGAAGAACUAAUUACAUUUCUAAAUAAAAAGAAUAACCACAUCAAGAAAUCUGAUCAACUUAACUGUCUCCAUUGUCAGAGGGAGAUUUUUCAAGAGAUGGUCUACUUAUUUACCCAGUAUAUCAGAAUUAAACAGUUUAUAGAUGAAUAUAAUGAUUUUAUCAAAUGGAGAGCACUUGCAUUAGUAGUUGGAUGUAGUGGAGUUACUGGAACAUCUCUAGUAUUUAUAAUCGUAUGUCUUAAUUGUUUUGGUAACUUAUGGAGAUCAAAUAACAAUACAUAA